GCCACAGAAAGUUCUCGUACUUUCUCCCGUAAAUAUUAUUUAUUCAGUUGCUCUGCUGACUCCUUCAUUCUUCAUUUGGCGUUGUCAUCUGAGAUUCCGUUAGUCGUUAUUUUACGAUAACAAAACUGUUUGUCUACUGUGACCCACACAAAAAUGCCAAACGCAAUUGGAAUUGAUCUUGGUACUACAUACUCGUGUGUCGGUGUAUUCCAGCAUGGUAAGGUGGAGAUCAUCGCCAAUGAUCAGGGGAACCGGACGACUCCGAGUUAUGUGGCAUUCACAGAUACUGAGCGUCUGAUUGGUGAUGCAGCGAAGAACCAGGUGGCUAUCAACCCUACGAACACGGUGUUCGACGCGAAGCGACUGAUUGGUCGACGAUUCGAUGACCCAUCGGUGCAGAGUGAUAUGAAACACUGGCCGUUUGAGGUUAUUCAUGAGGGUGAUAAGCCUAAGAUUCGUGUUGAGUACAAAGGUGAGCGCAAGACAUUUUCCCCGGAGGAGAUUUCUUCGAUGGUGUUGACGAAGAUGAAGGAGGUGGCUGAAGCAUACUUGGGUAAGACAGUGACUGAUGCAGUGGUGACAGUUCCUGCCUACUUCAAUGAUAGCCAGCGUCAAGCUACGAAGGAUGCCGGUACAAUAGCUGGUUUGAAUGUGUUGCGAAUUAUUAAUGAGCCUACGGCGGCUGCGAUAGCGUAUGGUUUAGACAAGAAGGUUGGUGGUGAGCGACAUGUGUUGAUAUUCGAUUUAGGUGGUGGUACUUUCGACGUGUCGAUCUUGACGAUUGAGGACGGUAUAUUUGAGGUGAAGUCCACUGCUGGUGACACACAUUUGGGAGGUGAGGACUUUGACAAUCGAAUGGUGAAUCACUUUGUACAAGAGUUCAAGCGUAAACACAAGAAGGACAUCAACGACAAUAAGCGUGCAUUGCGUCGUUUGAGGACGGCGUGUGAGCGUGCAAAGCGCACAUUGAGUUCAAGCACCCAAGCGAACCUGGAGAUUGACUCGUUGUAUGAAGGUAUUGACUUCCAUACGACGAUCACUCGUGCUCGAUUUGAGGAGCUGAAUGCAGAUUUGUUCCGUGGUACUUUGGAGCCGGUUGAGAAGGCUUUGAGAGACGCUAAGAUGGACAAGUCUCAGAUUCAUGAUAUAGUGUUGGUUGGUGGUUCGACGCGUAUUCCUAAGGUGCAGAAGAUGCUGCAGGACUUCUUUAACGGUAAGGAGUUGAACAAGUCUAUAAAUCCUGACGAGGCUGUUGCUUAUGGUGCAGCUGUGCAGGCGGCUAUUCUGAGUGGUGACAAGUCGGAGGCUGUUCAGGACCUGUUGUUGCUUGAUGUGGCUCCAUUGUCGCUGGGUCUUGAGACAGCUGGAGGUGUUAUGACGGCGUUGAUUAAGCGUAACACAACGAUUCCUACGAAGCAGACUCAGACGUUCACGACGUAUUCGGACAACCAGCCAGGCGUGCUCAUCCAGGUGUAUGAGGGAGAGCGUGCAUUGACGAAGGAUAACAAUUUGUUGGGUAAAUUCGAGCUGUCCGGUAUUCCACCUGCUCCUCGUGGUGUUCCUCAGAUCGAGGUGACGUUUGACAUUGACGCGAACGGGAUUUUGAAUGUGUCAGCUGUGGACAAGAGUACUGGUAAACAGAACAAGAUCACCAUCACGAAUGAUAAGGGUCGUUUGUCUAAGGAUGAUAUUGAGCGUAUGGUCUCGGAGGCGGAGAAAUUCAAGGCUGAGGAUGAGAAGCAGAAGGACCGUGUUUCUGCGAAGAAUUCACUGGAGAGUUAUGUGUACGCGAUGAAGCAGCGAGUGGAGGGUGACGAGUUGAAGGACAAGAUAUCGGAGAGUGACCGUAAGACGAUAUUGAGCAAGUGUGAUGAGGCGAUCCAGUGGUUGGACCACAACCAACAGGCGGAGAAGGAUGAGUAUGACUACCACCAGAAGGAGUUGGAGAAGGUUUGUGCUCCGAUAAUCACGAAGAUGUACCAGGCAGCUGGAGGUGGUGGUAUGCCGGGUGGCAUGCCAGGAGGUUUCCCGGGUGCAGGUGCAGCUGGAGGUGGUGGUAUGCCGGGCGGCAAGGGACCAACAAUCGAGGAGGUCGACUAACUUCGUGAUGCCAAACGGUUCUAUUUUCUCACCUGAUUUAUUUGCAUAGAGUGUUCAUUUAUUCGAUUAUUUAUCUGUGAAUAGAUUUCAUCAUCCCCACUGUCACUUCUAAUCUGUGUUUGGGUGUUCGGAGAAUAAGCAGUGGUCGUUUCUUCUGUCGUUGUAGUAGUGGUCUCCGUAUCGGUGUUAGUAGCAGUAGGCUGGGGGGCUAUGUAUUGCGGUGCGUAGCAUAGUUCACUCUUGUAUACGAUUGGCGUUAGGUUCGAGAGAAGUGUUUGUAGGUGUAUAUUACGAGGUCGGAUUUGCUUGUUAUCUCGG